AUGCCAUGGAAUGCCAAUAACAACCCAGCGGGUGAUAUUCGUGCACCGGCCAUAGCAGCAGCACUCCGUCUUCAACAGCAAAAGACUACAGAUACAACUGCAGUCUGGACGUGUUUGCUGCGUGUCGAGGAACUGGACGAGCUGCCGCUUUCUCGCGAUCAAGUUUCGACGUUGCGUCAUUGUGCUCUACUCCAUCCCGAGGAUUUUCCUAUUGAAGCUUCUGGACCAGAUGGAGCCGUUCUAAUACAUCCGAGAUUGCACGCACAAUUUGUAUUAGCUGUUCGUCAGCACGUAGCAGUUCCAAGAGGUUUUAUCGCCUUGUCACAGCCGCAAUUGAUUAAUUUGGAGCUCUGCAGGUUCCAGACAGAGAAAUGGACGCUCUUUCUAGAGCGUGUGCCUGUUGUUAAUGCAGUAGCAAUUGAAAUACGUCCAUUGUUGGAAGAAAAAGAAGAUACUAAAGAGCACCAUGAGGAGGUAUUGACUGUGGCUGGAAUCUCGACCAUGACACAAUCACGUGCUGCUCCAAUUGUGACGGAUGGGAAAGACUUUGCAAUGGCGUUUGCCAAGUAUACGUGGCAACGGGUGCUGACAGAGCAUGAACGACUUGUCAUGCCUUAUAAAGAUGGCCGUCGGUACUUUAUUCGUGUCCUUGAAAUCGACGCGGAAGAUGAAGACGAGACGGAGUUUACCAUGCCGGACUCGUAUCGUGGUCGAGUCGAUGAAGAUGUGCAAGUGUUUUUAUCGUCAGAGGGAGGUCAGUCCUCAACGUUUGAGUUACUGAAUGCUGCAGUAACUGAUUCUGCAGGUCUAGUGUCAACGCGCUCGGAUGUCGUCACGGUAGUAACGAAUGACGAGGAGGAGUUUCCAGUCAAAAAAAAAUUGCUCUUUCCGUGCAUUAAACUAUCGUCAGCUGUACUUUCAGGUAAAGGUGUACACAAGGAUGCCUCGACCACUAUUGAUGUGGACGUAGAUUGCUGCACGUUUGAUCGAGUACUUUUGUAUUUAGAGCACGAAGCGCGCAACGACGGCACGGAGUUUCAAUUUGACCCUUCCGUUACUGAUGAUCUUUUAGCUGCAGCCAUCACAGUGGGGUGCAUUGGUCUACAUGAAGCUUGUCAGAGGCGUUUUGGCGAGUUUCAGACACGCGUGCGCACAGAAGCUAUCCGCUGGGAGGAAGUCAUCCGCCGCAAUCAGUCGGGCGAGGUGUGGCUUGUUAUGCAAGGAAUGGUACUGGACAUUACACGAUGGAUUCCAGAACACCCAGGUGGCUCGGAAUUGAUUGCCCAAGAAGCCAUGAACGUAGACUCGACAAUCAUGUUUGAGAUCUAUCAUGCUAGUCGGCAGUCGUUUCGCUAUCUCAAGCAAUUCUACAUCGGGGAGUUAUCCGAGUUUGAUCUUGUUACAAUGCCUAAACCAACAGGGCAGUCGUCCGAAACUUUUCUCGAGGAGCUGCAGCAAUAUACGACAUGGCGCAUCAAACCACAAGAGCACACAUUCAAGAGCUUUUAG